AUGAGAAAGGUUCAUCGUCCCGGGACCUUUAUGAGCCUCGUCUAUGCUCCUUUUAAGGCGCUGGUAAGCUUUCUCUAUUCAUAGUUUUGAAUCGUCAAUAUCUUACAGAAAUCUUAUGCUUCAGCGAUUUUUACGUCGAGUUGCAAGGAAUGCGGCGCAAUGCUUCGAAAAUUAGAAUUGGUAUGUUUUUUUAGACUUUUAGUGGUAGAAAAGAGAUUUUCAGACCAGAAAACUCAUAAUUUAUUCACUUAUGCUAUCUGGAGCCGCUAUCUACAUCUAUAGAGAAGUAAAAAAGGUGGGUUGGUUUGGGAAAUAAAAAGAAUUUCAAAGAAACUUAUGUGAUUUAAAUUCCCCAACAUGAAAAUUCAUUUCAAAAUUGAAGUUCAUAGUGGCGAAAUGGAGGAAGAGCGGUUGCUUUGGAGCCGACCAGAAACGACUUGCGAGCUGUGACAUGAGAGAGUAUUUGAAAGUACCCUUUUCGAGUCACUUGCCACCAUGAUAAUUAACAUCUGUUUCUUCCAGGAAAAAAAUAUUCAAAAAAAAGUUUCAAGAAUUCAAAUCUAAUUCUCUUGUCAUCCGUUUAACCCCGUAUAUUGCAAGCCUAUGAUCAUCCGCAAAAGCGCCCGACUGAAUCCGACUUGCGCGUAGAGUCCCAGGGAACUUAUAAAAAGAUUCCCCGAAUGUCCAAUCACCCGAAGCGCGACGCUUUCAGUCAUUCCAAAUGCGGCCACGGCGUUUCAGUUAAUGAAAUAAUUUUUCAGAGGAAAGACAGGAGGAUUAUCGAAGAAGAACUCGAGAGGAUCCACCAAUUAGAAAAAAAGAAUGAGAGCUCUCGAUCAACGGAAGAAAAUAUUGGAGAGAUAGCAAAGGAUGGAAAUGAUACUCAACCCUUUUUUUCGAUUCCGAUCUUCGAAAACAUCAAGAAUAUUAGCGAUGAUGAGAAAAAGAGACGCGAAGACCGAGAGAAAGAUUUUGAAGAAACCAAAAAACUCAAUAAAAUUGAAGAACAACGAUUGGAAGCGGAAAGCGAGGCGCGAGAAAUAAUAAUUGAACAGAAUCGGAAGGCUAUGAACUUUGUCUUGUAA